GUCACUCCUCCCCCUGUAUGCAGAAAUUGAGAUGUCUUCAGACGAGGCUAGGAGUGUAGUGGGAAGUGAGGUAGUGCCGUUGGAGUAUGGUGGCAUGGAUUCGGAGACCAGUCCGUCCCGAGAUCAGCUCAAGUGGUACCAGGGUCACCUGUGAAAUCCUCUUAAGGGAGGAGUCCCACGGGACCUCGGGUUCGAUCCCUGGGGAGGCUACCUCAGGUCGGUCCCGUACCACUGAGGCCAAAUACGCAAAUGCGCCAAGCCCAGGAACGGCCCCAUGGGGUACCCUGGCAAAAAAGGCCGGCCAGCUCAAGUGGUACCAGGGUCACCCGUGAAAUCCUCUUAAGGGAGGAGUCCCACGGGACCUCGGGUUCGAUCCCUGGGGAGGCCACCUCAAGUCGCUUAAGAGCACUGAGGCCAAAUACACAAAUGUGCCCCAC